AUCGGCGUCACUGUUAUGGCCGCCACCUCCCAAUCCCUCCUCUCCCCGGCGCCUCCCUCCCUGCCCCGCGCCCGCCUCGCCUUAUCCGCCCACCGCGCCGUCGCCCUCCGCCGCCGCGCCGCUUUCCCGGCCGUCGCGGCCGCCUCUACCUCGAUGGCGUCCUCGGAGAGCGACGAGAAGAAGGAGUCCAAGCUUUGGGGCGGGCGCUUCGAGGAGGGCGUCACCGACGCCGUCGAGCGCUUCACCGAGUCCAUCUCCUACGACUGGCAGCUCUACAAGUACGACAUCAUGGGCAGCAAGGCCCACGCUUCCAUGCUCGCCGCCCAGGGUUUGAUAACGACUGGUGAUAGGGAUAUCAUCUUGGAGGGCCUUGAUCAAAUUGAGAAGCAGAUUCAAGAUGGCAAGUUUGAGUGGCGAAAGGACAGGGAGGACGUGCACAUGAACAUUGAGGCGGCUCUGAUUGAGAGGGUCGGUGAGCCGGCUAAGAAGCUACAUACUGCUAGGAGCCGCAACGACCAAAUCGUGACGGAUCUUAGGUUGUGGUGCCGCGAUGCUAUUGACAAGAUUUUGAUUCGCAUCAAACAGUUUCAGGUGUCUCUGGUUUUGUUAGCUUCAAAAUAUGUUGACUUAAUUGUCCCUGGUUAUACUCAUCUUCAAAGGGCACAGCCUGUUUUGCUGCCACAUCUUCUCUUAUCCUAUGUUGAACAGUUGGAGCGUGAUGCAGGACGGCUGAUCGACUGCAGGGAAAGAGUGAAUUUCUGCCCUCUUGGUGCUUGUGCUUUGGCUGGAACUGGACUUCCCAUUGAUAGGUUCAAAACUGCUAAAGAUUUAAACUUUACUGCUCCAAUGAAGAAUAGUAUUGAUGCAGUAUCAGACCGGGACUUUGUAUUGGAGUUUCUUGCUGCCAAUUCAAUUGCUGCAGUUCAUCUUUCACGCAUUGGCGAAGAGUGGGUCUUGUGGGCAUCAGAGGAGUUUGGCUUCUUGACACCAAGUGACUCGGUUUCAACUGGAAGCAGCAUUAUGCCACAAAAGAAAAAUCCAGAUCCGAUGGAGCUUGUUCGUGGGAAAUCUGCCAGGGUUAUUGGUGAUCUCAUGACUGUCCUAGUCCUUUGCAAAGGCCUUCCUCAGGCCUACAACCGUGAUCUACAGGAAGACAAGGAACCCUUGUUUGACAGUGUGAAGGCCAUAUUAGGAAUGCUUGAAGUAUGUAGUGAGUUUGCUCAGAAUAUCUCUUUUAACUCAAAAAGAAUACAAAGUUCACUGCCUGCUGGUUAUCUGGAUGCAACAACACUAGCAGAUUAUCUUGUGAAGAAGGGCGUCCCAUUCAGAACUUCUCACGAGAUAGUUGGGAGGUGUGUAGCUCUAUGCGUGUCGAAGAACUGUCAGCUGACAGAACUUGAAAUGAAUGACUUGAAAGCAGUUCACCCUGUCUUUGAGAGGGACGUCUACGCCUAUUUGGGCGUCGAAAAUGCCGUCAACAAGUUCAUAUCUUACGGUUCUACAGGUUCAGAACAAGUAAAAAAGCAGCUUGAAGAUUGGCGCGUUCAGCUUGGGAUCAACCCAUAAUUAAGGCGCAGCAUCUAGCAUCAACAGAGGAAUAAACUCCGGAAAUCUUGUAUGGCUUUUAGUUUUGGGAGGUGAACCAUAUGUGUUAUGAACUUGUUUGCUGGACCGACAGUCAGCUGUUGCUUCAUUUGAGAAUUAGAGUGAUCCAUGUAACUAACUACUCCUUAUUUGUUUUGUAAGGCAGAUGCAAUCGAAUUGAAAAGGCUGUGACUGAUUUUUCGGUGACUC